AUGUCUGCUGUUUUAAACGGAUUAUUGAAUUCUACAGUCGGUUUACUGUGCACUAAACUACGAGAUUACACUGCGAACCGACUGCUCGAAGGCGAUAUCAACAAUGAUCAAUUGAGACAAAUCGUUGUUCGGGAGAUCGAUGAUAUUAAAACGAAGCUCGAAGGUUUGUCUAGAAAGGAUCUACUUGCCAGUCUCAGCUUUUUCAAAGAGGGUGUAACUAGGUUGUACAGUUCUUUCGAGAUAUAUGGUAAAGCCAGCGAUCGGCCACGCUUUUCGAAAGCAUAUGCUACAGCCGGAGUUUCUGAAGUCGAAAGUGUGGUUAAGACCAAGGCAGGACAGCUUUCCGCAUUGCAGACGCAAGCAGAAUACGGCGC